UCCACUUGUGGGCUGGGCGCCGCCACGGUGGACCGCUUUGGGAAGGCCAGCUCCAGGCUCUUUCUUUUACUUGAACACUCCGUGGGACUUCAACAUCCUUAACAUGAACGGACAGCCGUCACCUGUGUUCGAAGAGAAGAAGCCGUCCCUCCGCGCGUCCCCGAGCCUACCGGAGACUUCCCCCGCUGACAUGGGCUUCUACGGCGGCCACGGAGCACUCCAUGGCUCGCAGGAUUUUUACGCGGCGCAGCAACCCUACUCGGCCCAACACAUGAGCCCGUACUCGUACACCCACUACAACCUGAACGGGAUGGUCCCGAGUGGAGGCUUCCCAUGCGGUAAAAGUGAGUACACAUACCCGCACUCGGUGUACAGAGAGCCCGGGGGCUUCAACAGAGAGUCGCAGCCAACCCUACCAGACAGUGUGAAAGAAGAACCAGAAAUGGAGGUUCGGAUGGUCAACGGGAAGCCAAAGAAAGUGCGGAAGCCCCGGACUAUUUACUCCAGCUACCAGCUGGCAGUCCUGCAGAGGAGAUUCCAGUCCGCCCAGUACCUAGCCCUGCCAGAGCGGGCAGAGCUUGCAGCACAGUUGGGUCUGACACAGACACAGGUGAAAAUAUGGUUCCAAAACCGUCGCUCCAAGUUCAAGAAACUCUACAAGAAUGGAGAGUUUCCACUGGGAGACAUUGCUCUGGAGCACAGCCCGGAGGCUAGCGAUUCAAUGGCUUGCAACUCGCCUCCGUCCCCUGCAGCGUGGGAAAACAACAACAGCAGCAGUAACACCACCACCACCACCACCACCACCGACAACAACAGCAGCAGCAACGAUACGAACAGCAGCAGCAUCAAGAAUAAUACAAUGCUGGACCCAACCAGCAGGGGGCAGGAAUCUUAUCCGCCUCAGGGUGAUUCCUCUGCAGUCUACAUGGAUGAGUACGCACACCAGAAUUGGUACCAGCAGCAAGACACGCAUUUAGGUUUGCCACCAGCUGGCCCCGCCCACCACACACCACCAUCAGCACCAGCAUCCACGCAGAGUAUGGGAGCUGUGUACUGACUCUCGUGCGAACACUUUAAAUGGACCCAUUCAACUUAAACGAGAAUGUUUUGGAUCGUCCAGACAUACCUGAAGUCAUAAAUCUAAUGCGAUGCAAUAAUGUACUUUUAAUAUUUAAAUAUUUUUACAUGACCAUAGUGCCAAAAUACAUUGGUUCACAUUAAGACUUACACCAGUGUUUCCCAACCAAGACACAUAUUUUACAUGAUUAUUCUGUUGUAUGAAUGGCAACAGGUGGAGACACAGCUUAAUUAAAGUGGCGUGAAAAAGUGUUUGCCCCCUUCCUGAUUUCUUUUUUUUUUUUUUGCAUGUUUGUCACACUUAAAUGUUUGUAGUCAAUGACAACACAACUGAACACAAAAUGUAGUUUUUAAAUGAAACCUUUUAUUAUUAAGGGAGAAAAAAAUCCAAACCUACAUGGUCCUGUGUGACAAAGUGAUUGCCCCCUAAACCUAAUAACUGGUUGGGCCACCCUUAGCAGCAACAACUGCAAUCAAGCGUUUGUGAUAACUUGCAAUGAGUCUCUUCCAGCGCUGUGGAGGAAUUUUGGCCCACUCAUCUUUGCAGAAUUGUUGUAAUUCAGCCACAUUGGAGGGUUUUCCAGCAUGAAGCGCCUUUUUAAGGUCAUGCCACAGCAUCUCAAUAGGAUUCAGGUCAGGACUUUGACUAGGCCACUCCAAAGUCUUCAUUUAGUUUUCGUCUGGCAUUCAGAGGUGGACUUGCUGGUGUGUUUUGGAUCAUUGUCCUGCUGCAGAACUCCAGUUGGUUUCAGCUUGAACAGAUGGCCGGACAUUCUCCUUCAGGAUUUUUUGGUAGACAGCAGAAUUCAUGGUUCUAUUUAUCACAGCAAGUCUUCCAGGCCCUGAAGCAGCAAAACAGCCCCAGACCAUCACACUACCACCACCAUAAUUUACUGUUGGUACGAUGUUCGUUUUCUGAAAUGUGGCAUUACUUUUACACCAGUUGUAAUGGGACACACACCUUCCAAAAGGUUUAACUUUUGUCUUGUCAGAUCACAAAGUAUUUUCCCAAAGGUUUUGGGGAUCAUCAAGAUGUUUUCUGGCAAAAUUAAGACAAGCCUUAAUGUUGUUUUUGUUCAGCAGUGGUUUUCGUCUUGGAACUCUGCCAUGCAGGCUGUUUUUGCCCAGUGUCUUUCUUAUGGUGGAGUCAUGAACACUGAACUUAACUGAGGCAAGUGCAGUUCUUUGGAUGUUGUUGUGGGGUCUUUUGUGACCUCUUGCAUGAGUCGUCGCUGCACUCUUGGGGUCAUUUUGGUUGGCCGGCCACUCCUGGGAAGGAUCACCACUGUUCCAUGUUUUUGCCAAUUGUGGAUAAUGGCUCUCACUGUGGUUCGCUGGAGUCCCAAAGCUUUAGAAAGUUAAGUUAUGUUUUAACAGAGGGGGUUAAUCACUUUUUCAUACAGGGCCAUGUAGGUUUGGAUUUUUUUCUCCCUUAAUAAUAAAGUUUAAUUUAAAAACUGUAUUUUGUGUUCAGUUGUGUUGUCACUGACUAAUAUUUGAUAAUAUUUAAUAUUUGUUUGAUGACCUGAAACAUUUAAGUGUGACAAACAUGCAAAAAAAUAAGAAAUCAGGAAGGGGCAAGCACUUGUUUCACAGCACCGUAUGUACCUUCUGCCAUCUAGUGGAGGAGCACGUAGUUGGUCUGCUUGUCACUACACGUUGCUGGCAUUGCUAGACAAACAGACAUUAUUUGUACUAAAUGAAUAAUAAUUUGGGACCAAUUACCUGAAAUUGAAUAAUGUGCCAUGGCGCAGUGGUUGGGAAUGACUAACUUAUACAUUUAUAACAUAUAUUCUUGUAAAGCCGCGUGGCACAGCGGGCAAGAUUUCACUGUGGCCUUUGACAACAAAAUGCAGUUGCAGGUACAUCAUUUGUAAAUAAUAAUAAUAAUAUCUGCCCUGAUUUUUUAUUUUCUUCUUUUGGAUUCUGUUGCUCCCUGAAGCCUGUCAAACAAUUUUGGCUUGGAGCUGAUGUGAGCU